UUCAAUAAACCCUCUAUUUAAACCCCCCCUCCACUCUCCUCUCACUCACCCCAAGCAAGCAAAGAGAACAUUCUCCUCCUCUUUGCUAAUGGCUUUUCUUGGGCUUUUCUUUGUGGGUUCUCUCUCAUUGCUCUCCUCUGCUCUUGGCAAUGGAGAAGGAUGGGCUAAUGCUCAUGCCACCUUCUAUGGAGGUGGUGAUGCAUCUGGCACAAUGGGUGGGGCUUGUGGGUAUGGGAAUUUGUACAGCCAAGGAUAUGGGACUAAUACUGCAGCUCUGAGCACUGCUCUGUUCAACAAUGGUUUAAGCUGUGGGUCCUGUUAUGAGAUUAGGUGUGUUGAUGAUCCUAGGUGGUGCCUUCAAGGCUCCAUUGUGAUCACUGCCACCAAUUUCUGCCCACCAAACAAUGCUCUCCCUAAUAAUGCAGGGGGGUGGUGCAAUCCUCCACAAGAGCAUUUUGAUCUCUCUCAGCCUGUCUUUGAGCAGAUUGCCAAGUACAGUGCUGGAAUUGUCCCUGUUUCUUACAGAAGGUGACUUUUUUUUUGGAAAAUAAACUCUAUAACAUGUAGGAAGAGAGGGGGUAUAAGAUUCACCAUCAACGGCCACUCCUACUUCAAUCUCGUCCUCAUCACCAACGUAGGAGGGGCCGGAGACGUGCACUCUGUGUCAAUCAAAGGGUCAAGGACAGGGUGGGAGCAAAUGUCAAGAAACUGGGGCCAAAACUGGCAGAGCAACUCCCUCCUCGACGGCCAAUCCCUCUCUUUCAAGGUCACCAUUAGCGACGGCCGCACCAUUGUCUCCUACGAUGCUGCUCCUUCUUCAUGGUCCUUUGGCCAGACCUUCACUGGUUCCCAAUUCCUCUAAAAAAACUUGGUCGGUUGUUGAUACAUAUUGACUUAUAAUUGGUCAUAUAAAUGAGCUGGCAGCUCGUAUCCAGUAUCUCGGCAUAGUAUAUUUAUACAUAUAGGUAAUGAUGAGUUUGUAGUCUGAGGGCUCAGGGAGAAGAAAAGGGCGGUGUGUGCUCUGCUUCUCUUUGUAAUUUGGGGUAGAAAUUGGCUGAGGUGGUGAGUAUUAACUACCCGCCAAAUAGUCGUUAUAUAGUAAUAUAUAUAAGGGAUAGUGUAUGUUUUGCGCUUGGUUUGAUAUGUUAUGUAUGUGGCUAUGACUAAGUUUGUGAUAGCUUCGGGUUUGCUAGUAAUGAGUAGUAUGUUUUUGAUA